AUGACAUCGAGCGAUAUGGACGAGACCAUUGCCUCGUCACCAUCCUAUGUCUCCGUCGAUUUGGGCCAGCACAAGAAGCGCUCUUCCUCAACAAUGUCUCCUCCUUCGGCCUACGAAAACCAACAUCCACGCGACAUGAGUAUCGACUCGACCCAUCCCAACGCCACCAGCAACAGCAACAAUGACAACGACAACGAAGGCAACAUGGAGAACUUUGAGCGACCUCUCAAACAAACAUUCCGUCAACUCACCCCGAUCGACACCACCUCGCAUCGCCACUGGUCCAACGCCGAACAGGAGGCGCUUUAUGUCGCUGUCGAACGACACCAUCUCUAUGGCCGGUGGGCUGAUGUGAAAGAACGGAUGCAGCUUGACCGCUCACUGGAGGAAAUUGAACAAGAAUACACCCGCAUCUAUGGCGAGUUGCCCGAAUCCGAUAUUGAUUAUGACGAUGACGAUGAUGAUGACUGGUCCUCGUCCGGCUAUGACCCUGCCCCUGGUUCGGCUGCCUCGUCAACAGGACCCACCUACCGGUCCUCGUUCCCUAAUCUUUACCAUGCCGCCGGCGGCGCUGCUACACCUGCGCUCACUCCAGCCACUCAAAGCCGUCGAUCGUCUCAGGAGAUGUAUGGGUCCUACCCGUACCCACACUCGACACAGUCGACCUCACGCCGGCCUUCGAACCAGACCAACCGGUCGAUGCACUCCAGGAGCCCUGAUGAAGGUUAUGAUCACGACCACGAUGGUGGGAGCGACACGCGGAUGAGGGACCGGGACUCGUCGUACCAUGCACCAUCUCCGACAACACCAAAAUCACGUGGAACAGGCAGCAGCGGGAAACGAGGUCGCGGAGGAGGGUCGGCAGCUGCUGCAGCCGAUCGGGCUGCUACCGCUGCGGCUGCGGCUGCCAGGGGUGUGACAGGAGGCGAUGGUGGUGACGCCAAACCCACACGAACUGUCCGCGUCUGGACGCUUCAGCAGUCGGAGCAGCUUAAGAACUUGAUCGAGACUUGUUUCCCCGGCGGCUACCGUAUCAACUGGGUCUGGGUCGCCUCACAGAUGGGCAACACGUUCACGCGGAAGCAGUGCAAGAACAAAUGGGAGAUUAUGCGUCGCCGUGCUGGAACAGACGAGGAGAUUGCGCAAUUGAAGCGUGGCUAUGAAGAGUUUGGACCUUCUUGGAGCCAGAUCCAGGAAAAGUACUUGCCAGAGCGGUCGCAGGGUGGGAUCUCGAUCAUGUGGGGGCUUUUGCUGGCGCGCGAGGAAGAGGAGGAGAGGAAGCAGCAACAACAGCAGUCUUCGUCCUCGUCUUCAGGAAGGGAUAUGUCUGUCGACCACGUCAGCCCCACAGCUGGCUCGAGUGGUUUGGGCCUUAUGACACCCGUGUCGCCUUCUCGAUCAAGAAAAGAGGGUAGUAGUGCCGGCGCUACCUUCCCCUCUCAUACUUCGACCUCUUCGGUGGCCAGUCCGACAGGAUACAAGAGGGGAGCUAGCAGACGGCCUUCGAUGACGACUCCUCCCUACGGCGCCAGUUCUCGACACCACUGGCCACCAGUUGAGUGA